AUGUCUGCAGCCACGUUUCAGCGGGGUCUGAGGCGCUGCACCGCGCUGCGCAGGCUCGCUCGGGGCCAUUGGGUGCUGUCAUUUAUCAUCUUUAUCUGCUGUAUUGCAUCUUCAGCUGCCUCUUUCAUGAUAGCACCGCUCUUAGAAUUUCUGGUGGCAUUGUUUCUUUUUUUUGCCUAUGCCUCUAAACUUAAUGAGAAGUUUAAAGGACUCUACUGGCCUUUGAUGGAUUUCUUGCGGUGUGUCACUGCUGCUAUUAUUUACUUUGCCAUCUCAAUUGCUGCCGUCUCAAAAUACACUGACAGAGCAUCCAAAGCAGCCGGAGUGUUUGGAUUUAUAGCCACGAUAGUGUUUGCCAUUGAUUUCUACAUAACCUUCAAUGACCUGGUUACAUUUCUCAAACAAGACACUUCUAGUCCCCCUGAAGGGCACAAGUCAGACGGUAGGUAAAAUGCCCCAUUUUGGUUAUACAAGCAUGUAACACGAGACUUUCCUGUACUUCACACUUCAUGGGGGUGCAAGGGCUCUCAAACUUAGUAAGAACAAUUUGUGCUCUUGGUUACCUAAACCUUAUAUGCCUCAACUAUGCCGUAUUAUGAAGCUGUUCAGUCUAAAACAUAACAACUGGAAUUUUACUGAUUUAACAAGAUACUAGCAAGCUGAGAAUUUGAAGUAUAGUUUCUCAUGGAGUUUUGUUGCAUCUGAUUUUGAAAGCCCCUAAAUCCAAUUACAUAAAUUAUUCUGCAACACAGACUUUUUUCCUCGCAUCAAAAUGUCUUAGUCUAGAAAUAAACAAAAAUCUACCUUUUUCUUUUUAAGAAACAUUUCAUUGAGUAACUUAAUAAUUAGCAUCCACUAGUCCAGGUCUUUAAUAUCCAAUAGCUGUUUUCUCUUUAUUGUAUUAUUACAAUUAAUUCAAUGUCACGUUUUACCCAUCUGUGGACAAAUAGCCUUGAAAUCUAAAGGCCACACUUAGAAAUUUGGCAACAGUUCCUUUUAUACUUUCUCACACAGGAGGUACAGACUACCUCAAAUCAGACAGAUCCACUCAGACAAAGCUGAAAAGAAGAUCAGCCGUUAUGUAGAAAUUUACACUUGAAUUCUAACCCAUUUCAAGUGAAGUCAGAACAGAGCAGUACCUAUGAGUCAAAAUCAUACAUCAUGUCCCUGUAAUACUACAGGCUGCAUAAAGGCAGAUCUAAAAGAUUGCUCUUAACUUAAAAAAACAAACAAGAAAUGUACACAGAAUCCUAGAGGGUAUACAGUAAUGUUAACAGUCUUUUCUAGAUAUUUUAGUAGUCAGUUAAAUGCUUUGUAAGCUUUAGGCCAAAAAAAGAGAUUAAGGGAAGAAUUACAGGAACAGACCAUAGGAACAGGCUGUUAGGAAGACUAAAAACUUAUCUCUACAAAUUGCACUCACUACAGAGCAGGAUCAGGCUCACUAGGGAAUAAAAUUAGGUUGAAGAUUAGGUCUUAUGUGCCUGAACAUGGAGAGAGAAAUAUAUCAACUCACAAAUAGGUAGUCAUGAGCUUUAUGUCAGUGAUUUGACAAUGAAAGGAGGACUCUGCCCUGCAGCGCUGUUCCUCUGGCACAAAACUCACGUUCCUGCUGCGGUUCCCAACUGCAGAGGCAAGAAAACUCUAACUUCCUUGGCAACUCAGUCUCAAGCUCAGGCAGGAUGUACCUCUAUAGGCCCAUCAGGAUUUCUUAACAUCUUAAAACUUCUGGCUUUCAGAUACGUUUAACUGGCAGCGUGCAGCUGUGCCCAACAGCAAGCAGCAGAAUUCUGGUACAGGAAGCAUGUCUUAAGCAGACUUCCUUGUGGUGGCUGUGCUAACAAUAUCUUUGCAACUCCUUUCAUUUGAACAGUUAUCCUCCAUGUUGUAGCAGUCUGAGAUUAAGCGCUUCUCAGCAUCGUUUCCCGAGUCCUUUGAAAUAACAUUUAAAGCCACAUCAUGUUAGAAUGGUCAUUUUAUAAGCCUUUUCCUAAAUAUGCAAUGUCCUUUGAAACAGACACCCAAGAAAGAGCA